GACUUGACCUAUAAACUUCAGUGAAGGUCCAAGAGCAUUCAGCAUUUUUGCUGCUGAAGAAAGGAAGAGAUAGAGCUGCCCCAUGGAUCUUUUGGGGACCAGCACCGUCUUCUUGGUGGUCUGCUUGGUCCUCCUUUUGGCCUGGAGGAAAGUGGAGGCCAAGAAGAGAAACUUCCCUCCUGGUCCAAUGCCUCUCCCCUUCAUUGGGAACCUCUUGCAGCUGAAAGGCAAAAAUGUUUCAGUGCAACUGAGAAAGCUGAGCGAAAUAUACGGGCCGGUCUUCACGGUGCAUUAUGGCCCUGAGCCGGUGGUGGUCAUCUUUGGCUAUGAAACUGUGAAGAAGGUCCUUGUGGACAACGGAGAUGAUUUCCUCAACCGAGGCAGCUUCCCAUCGGCAGAGAAAAGCAGCAAAGGAUUUGGUAUUGUCUUUUUAAAAAGGAAGAGGCCAUUAGUUGGCAGAAGGAAGGGCCAACCCAAUGCAGCCAACAGUGUCUGGGAGAAAUCUGUCUGUCCCCAAAUCCAUGGCGCAUGUUGCCACGGUCCAUCCUUGUACUUAUGGAUGAAAUGUGAUGGCAUAAAAGGGACUCUUUCUCUUUCAAACAAGGUGUUUGGAGCGGGGUACACAACUUGUUUUAAAAUGAACCACCAGCUCUUUAGACUUCUGGUUUGCAUCCAAAUAUCACUGUCAAUGAAGGCAGCAAUGACUACAAAUGGAGGGCCAAGAGCAGGGGAGACAUAGGGCAACCUGUGGGCCAUUUGUGGCCUCAAAGCCCACUACCCUUCCCCCCGCAUCCCUAGCACCAGAUGACCUCUCCAGAGUCAUAGUCCAACACUCAAACACUGCACCAUGCUGCCCCGGGAUUGGGGCCACGGCACCACACUCCACAGCCUACGCAGGGAGCAAAAAGAUGCCUCAAAAAGCCACAACAGGGUGGCAUGAUGAUGCUCCUUUUGCACUGCACCAUUUGGGCGCUGUGCGGGAGUUGUGCCAUGAUGCCGUGCGCCAUGUAGAAGGGCAUGCAGCAUCAUGGUACAAUGAGGGCGGAGUCAUGGCAUCCAGCGUGCCGACACUACGCCGUGACUCCGCCCACAGGCCAGCACAAAGUGCCGGUCAGUAUCCCCCCUCCCCUCUCUGUGUAGCCAUCUGUAGCCCUCAACAUCUGUGAGUCACAAGGGGGCGGAGCUAGCAGACUAGCUUUAUAUACCAACUUCCAGAGCCUUCCAGAGCAGUCCGGCCAGAGAGAGGAGAAGGAGAG